GGGGGACGCAAAGCGGCGUUCCCAGCAGGCUGUGCGCGCACCUCGCUUCCUCCGAGCGCGUGAGCGGUUGAUUGCGGGAUAACCAUGGCGCUCCACGUCCCCAAGGCCCCGGGCUUUGCCCAGAUGCUCAAGGAUGGAGCAAAACAUUUUUCAGGAUUAGAAGAGGCUGUGUAUAGAAAUAUACAAGCCUGCAAGGAGCUUGCUCAGACCACCCGUACAGCAUAUGGACCAAAUGGAAUGAAUAAAAUGGUCAUCAAUCGCCUGGAGAAGUUGUUCGUGACAAAUGACGCAGCGACUAUUUUAAGAGAGCUAGAAGUACAACAUCCUGCUGCAAAAAUGAUCGUGAUGGCCUCUCAUAUGCAAGAACAAGAGGUCGGGGAUGGCACAAACUUUGUUCUGGUAUUUGCUGGAGCUCUGUUGGAACUAGCUGAAGAACUUCUGAGGAUUGGUCUUUCAGUGUCAGAGGUAAUAUCAGGCUAUGAAAUAGCUUGUAAAAAAGCUCAUGAGAUUCUUCCUGAUUUGGUAUGUUGUUCUGCAAAAAACCUUCGAGAUGUUGAUGAAGUGUCAUCUCUGCUUCGAACCUCUGUAAUGAGUAAGCAGUACGGGAAUGAAGCAUUUCUGGCCAAGCUUAUUGCUCAGGCAUGUGUAUCUAUUUUUCCUGAUUCUGGCAAUUUCAAUGUUGAUAACAUCAGAGUAUGUAAGAUUCUGGGCUCUGGUAUCUAUUCAUCUUCAGUAUUGCAUGGCAUGGUUUUUAAGAAGGAAACCGAAGGUGAUGUAACAUCUGUCAAAGAUGCAAAAAUAGCGGUGUACUCUUGUCCCUUUGAUGGCAUGAUUACAGAGACUAAGGGAACAGUGCUGAUAAAGACUGCUGAAGAACUGAUGAACUUUAGCAAGGGAGAAGAAAAUCUUAUGGAUGCACAGGUGAAAGCUAUUGCCAGCACUGGUGCAAAUGUCAUAGUAACAGGUGGCAAAGUGGCAGACAUGGCUCUUCAUUAUGCUAACAAGUACAAUAUCAUGUUGGUGAGGCUGAACUCAAAGUGGGAUCUCAGAAGACUCUGUAAAACAGUUGGUGCUACAGCUCUUCCUAGAUUGACUCCUCCAGUCCUUGAGGAAAUGGGACAUUGUGACAGUGUUUACCUCUCAGAAGUUGGAGACACACAGGUGGUUGUUUUUAAGCAUGAAAAAGAAGAUGGUGCCAUUUCUACUAUAGUUCUUCGAGGUUCUACAGAUAAUCUGAUGGAUGAUAUAGAAAGGGCAGUAGAUGAUGGAGUUAAUACUUUCAAAGUUCUCACAAGGGAUAAGCGUCUUGUACCUGGAGGUGGAGCAACAGAAAUUUAAUUGGCCAAACAAAUUACAUCAUAUGGAGAGACAUGUCCCGGACUUGAACAGUAUGCUAUUAAGAAGUUUGCUGAAGCAUUCGAAGCUAUUCCACAUGCAUUGGCAGAAAAUUCUGGUGUGAAGGCCAAUGAAGUUAUCUCUAAACUUUAUGCAGUGCACAAAAAAGGAAACAAAAAUGUGGGAUUGGAUAUUGAGGCUGAAAUUCCGGCUGUAAAGGAUAUGCUAGAAGCCAGUAUUUUAGAUACUUACUUGGGAAAAUACUGGGCUAUUAAAUUGGCCACUAAUGCUGCUGUCACUGUACUUCGAGUGGAUCAGAUCAUCAUGGCAAAACCGGCUGGUGGGCCCAAACCUCCAAGUGGGAAGAAAGACUGGGAUGAUGACCAAAAUGACUGAGGGACUUUUUGUUGUAGGUGAAGCAGUUUAUUUGUGGAGCAGAAACUUCCCUAAUCUUUUCUUAGUCUCCCUAAAUUAAGAAGUAUGUGUUUGUAUUCUUCCUGGAUGGUAAAAUAAAUGUAUUACUGUUAUACCUA